CUGAUUUCUUUACAGUAAACAAAACGCAUGUGAAAUGUUUCUUUCUCUUCUCCAAUAGCUUAACCACACACACACACACACGCACACACAAGCUCGCAUGUCUUUGUUUCACCUACAAAUUAUUCUCCCUUUUGCGUUUGAGUGACAGUGAUUUUUUGGCUGUAAGCGAAGUCAGGUCGGGCGGGAGAUGAACGGAGCUCAGUGUGCUAGAGAGCGAGAGCGGCGGCGAAAGAGCGAGCGUGUGAGGGAGACAAAAUUAAGUUUUAGUGCUCUUUAUAAGUCUGGAAGAAAGCGACUUAUUUAUUUUCGACAUAGAGAACUCCCCAAUCGUCCUUUAGAGAUACUGCAUUCGUGACAUGUACUCGACGUCUACCUGCAGCCGCUGCACACGGCAUGGCACUUUGUUAGGAUGCUGGCUCGUGUCACAGACAAAUGGAAACAUCUCCCAUUGUUAACUAUUUAUUACUUAGCUCUGUCCUUUAGGUGGCGGGACUCAGUUGAAGUCGCUACGCGGAGAUCGUCUCUUUUCUAUCCGCCGCCCUCUGGCACAGGGAUAUCUGCUGCGUGAUUGAGAACUGCUCUUUUUUGGAAUGAGGGACUUCUGACUCAGGACUUGACUGUUCAUUCUUUAAGGAGCGCGUCGCAGACGCGGUUGUCAUUUGGCUGUCAGGAAGAUGUUCUGUUUCUCCGUUAAUCUCUUCUUCUUCUGGGACAGGCUGACUCACCGAACUCUUCAAUUCUCACCGAGGUACUUCUGAGUCGCACUUCAAAGAGGCCUUUUGACAGCUUCUGUCGUUUCUCCCACUGCACAAGACACCGUCUCUGGACAGUGCCAGAGCUCCGAAAUAUCCGAAUCGAUCUAAAAUUACUUUGGUCAGGAAUAGUGUCUUUGUAGUCGUGAUGCUGCUUCUCUCCAGAACUCAACCUGCACUGUUUUUUAUUCUCCUGUGUCCAGUAAACAUUAUUGGACUGUGGUGGGCAGUAGGAAGCCCUCUGGUCAUGGAUCCCAACAGUAUCUGCAGAAAGACAAAACGCUUGGCUGGAAAACAGGCUGAACUCUGCCAGACUGAGCCUGAAAUCAUCAAAGAAGUAGCAAAAGGAGCAAAGCUGGGUGUGCGGGAAUGCCAGUUCCAGUUUAGGUUUCGACGAUGGAACUGCACAAGUCACAACAAAUAUUUUGGUAAAAUAGUACAGCAAGAUAUCCGGGAGACUGCAUUUGUAUAUGCGAUUACUUCAGCUGGAGUCACACACUCUGUGACACAAGCAUGCAGCAUGGGGGAGCUUAUACAGUGUGGAUGUGAAGCUACAAGGAGCCGAGCACCCCCAUUCCCCACCUCUGGGCCAGGAGCAGAUGGUUCCAAGUGGGAAUGGGGUGGUUGCGGAGAUGACGUGGAGUUUGGUUAUGAGAAGUCCAAGCAGUUUAUGGAUGCCAAAAGGAAAAAAGGAAAGAGUGACAUCAGGACUCUAAUUGACCUUCAUAAUAAUGAAGCUGGCCGACUGGCUGUGAAGAAUUAUAUGAGAACUGAAUGUAAAUGUCACGGAUUGUCUGGCUCAUGCACACUCAGAACCUGCUGGAAAAAAAUGCCUCAUUUUCGCGAAGUGGGUGAUCGCCUCCUGGAAAGGUUUAAUGGAGCCUUUAAGGUGAUGGGAGGCAAUGAUGGUAAAACCCUCAUCCCUGUGGGGCACAACAUUAAACCGCCAGACAAGCAGGAUCUCAUCUACUCUGCGGAGUCACCUGACUUUUGUUUGCCAAACAGAAAGACUGGCUCCCUGGGUACCAAAGGGCGUGUGUGUAAUAGCACAGCAAUGGAUGUCAGUGGAUGUGACUUGCUAUGUUGCGGACGAGGCUACAGAGAAGAGACGGCGGUGUUUGAAGAGAACUGCUUGUGCCGGUUUCACUGGUGCUGCGUGGUGCAGUGCAAGAAAUGCUCUGUCAGGAAGGAGUUAAGUCUGUGUCUAUAAUGUUGGAUCUCAUUUGGAAGGAUAAAAAAGAAAAAUGACCACCGGCUUUGCAGCUCCUAGAAAGUGAUUGUGAAAAAUACUGGAUCCAGACAAAGCUGCAGUCGCUGAUUUUAAUCUGUCUGGGAUGUGGAAACAAAACUGAACUGGAAAACCAGAUUGAUAAAAAAGGAAGACAGAGAUUAUUUUUUAGUUUGUCAUGAAAAAGGGUCCAUCUUUUUUCUUUUCUUUUUUUUUAUAUUUUUAAUUUAUAAUAAUUUGACCAUGUAGGACAUUCAAAUGAAACUACUACCAUUCCCUUGUUCUAAAGCACUUUGGAUGCAAAAGCCUGUUUGGUGGAAUUCUCUUCUCUUACUGAGCGCUUGGUUAUGAACGAGGACAUUACCAGUUCUUUAGACAUUUGAAGAGUUUAAUGCCAAGUUCGUAUGUUAUGUGAAUGGGGCGUCUGCAAUCCCACACUAUGACUAAACUGCCACACUUUCAUUCAAGCACAUACUCUAUUCUCUCUAGCAUCUUUUCUGCAUGGCUUAUCACAUUUAGUUCAAAUGUUACGUUCCUGGUCAAUUUCCUUAUUGGGUUUAUAACAUAUAUUAAUAAAUAAAGCCUCUAUUCUCCUUAGGCCUUAUGGUAAGCAUCAUGAGUGACCUGGAAAGAAACACUUAAAAACAUUCUGAUGCCAAAUGGAUACACUGCACAAACCUAAAUAAAUGAUGGCUGAAAAUGUUCACAACCUUAAUGGCUAAUGAAAUUUGUUUGCUUUAGGAAAUGAUAUUUUAAGCUGCUGGAAUCCAUCAGUGGGCAGCCCAGCCUAUCAGCAUGGGGAUCCCACAGUAAAUACAACCUUCUUUACUUUGCAGUGAAAUGGGGAAUUUAUAUCUAAAACACUUUAUUUGGAAUAAAUAAUACAUAUGGCAAAAAAUGUCCAAGUGUAAAUGGGAAUAUGCAUAUGGUUUGUAUAACUGAUUUGUAAAAAAAAAAAAAUGAAAGCAUAAAAGAUGUACAUGGUUAGUUUUGUUGCACACUGUUCUUAAACAUUUUUUAAGUGGUUACUCAAGAACUGUGUAUUUUUAUGAAGUGAAAAUGUGGUAAAAUUAAACAAUUUGUAAAUCGG